GCUCCCUCGUUCAGUCGACACAAACCUGAAUGCCACUCGGCCCUCCACGGCACACGCAGCAAACCAAACGGAACCGGCACCCUGGGCCCUCGUGCAGCCCGUGGAUCGAGUUGUUGGCCGCCUAUCCUGAGGGCCUGGGAUUGAUUGGAAAACCAGUCCUCUAUCCUUGGAGGGCCCCAGUCCAGUCCAGUUGCCCCAAGCGAAACUUGGCUUCGAGCUUCCACGUUGGACAUCCAUUCAGCUCGCAAGCUGCUGAGGACCAGAAGGAGGAGCCCCUACAUUCCAUUAUCAGCAGCACAGAGACUGUACAGGGUUCCGUUUCCAAACAUGAGUUCCAGGCUGAGACAAAGAAGCUUCUGGACAUUGUUGCCCGCUCCUUGUACUCAGAAAAAGAGGUGUUUAUACGGGAGCUGAUCUCCAAUGCUAGCGAUGCCUUGGAAAAACUGCGUCACAAGCUGGUGUCUGAAGGCCAAACGCUGCCAGAAAUGGAGAUUCAUUUGCAGACGGACACUGAGAAAGGCACCAUCACAAUCCAGGACACUGGCAUCGGGAUGACACAAGAAGAGUUGGUGUCCAACCUGGGAACGAUUGCCAAGUCGGGGUCUAAGGCCUUUCUGGAUGCACUGCAGAACCAGGCAGAGGCCAGCAGCAAGAUCAUUGGCCAGUUUGGAGUGGGUUUCUACUCGGCUUUCAUGGUGGCCGACAGAGUUGAGGUCUAUUCCCGCUCAGCCAGCCCAGGCAGCCCUGGUUACCAGUGGCUUUCAGACGGCUCCGGAGUAUUUGAAAUUGCUGAAGCCUCAGGAGUUAGAACUGGGACCAAAAUCAUCAUCCACCUCAAGUCAGACUGCAGAGAGUUUGCCAGCGAGGCCCGAGUGCAAGAUGUGGUGACAAAAUAUAGUAAUUUCGUCAGCUUCCCCUUGUACCUUAAUGGAAAACGUAUCAAUACCUUGCAGGCCAUCUGGAUGAUGGACCCCAAGGACGUGGGCCAGUGGCAGCACGAGGAAUUCUACCGCUACAUCGCUCAGGCCUAUGACAAGCCCCGCUACACUCUGCACUACAAGACAGACGCCCCUCUCAAUAUCCGCAGCAUCUUCUAUGUGCCGGAAACAAAACCAUCAAUGUUUGAUGUGAGCCGGGAGCUGGGCUGCAGCGUCUCUUUGUACAGCCGCAAAGUCCUCAUCCAGACCAAGGCCACUGAUAUCCUGCCAAAGUGGCUGCGUUUCGUUCGAGGUGUGGUGGACAGUGAGGACAUCCCCCUGAACCUCAGCCGGGAGCUCCUCCAGGAAAGCGCUCUAAUCAGGAAACUCCGGGACGUUCUACAACAGAGGCUAAUAAAAUUCUUCGUUGACCAGAGUAAAAAAGAUGCUGAGACAUAUGCCAAGUUCUUUGAAGAUUAUGGCCUGUUCAUGAGAGAGGGCAUUGUGACCACUGCUGAACAGGAGGUCAAGGAGGAUAUUGCGAAGCUGUUGCGAUAUGAGUCCUCGGCACUGCCCUCUGGGCAGCUGACCAGUCUCAUGGACUAUGCCAGCCGCAUGCAGGCCGGCACCCGCAACAUCUACUACCUGUGCGCCCCCAACCGGCACCUGGCUGAGCACUCACCCUACUAUGAGGCCAUGAAGCAGAAAAACACAGAGGUUCUCUUCUGCUAUGAGCAGUUUGAUGAGCUGACCUUGCUUCACCUUCGUGAGUUUGACAAGAAGAAGCUCAUAUCUGUGGAAACGGACAUUGUUGUCGAUCACUACAAGGAGGAGAAGUUUGAGGACAGGUCCCCAGCUGAUGACCGCCUGUCAGAAAAGGAGAUGGAGGACCUGAUGGCCUGGAUGAGAAAUGCACUGGGGCCGCGUGUCACCAAUGUGAAGGUGACUCUUCGACUGGACACCCACCCUGCCAUGGUCACCGUGCUGGAGAUGGGGGCUGCCCGGCACUUCCUGCGCAUGCAGCAGCUGGCCAAGACCCAGGAGGAGCGCGCUCAGCUCUUACAGCCCACCCUGGAGAUCAACCCCAGGCACACGCUGAUCAAGAAGCUCAGCCAGCUGAGAGAGAGCGAGCCUGACCUGGCCCAGCUGCUUGUCGAGCAGAUCUAUGAGAACGCCAUGAUCGCAGCAGGGCUUGUCGAUGACCCCCGACCCAUGGUGAGCCGCCUGAACAGCCUGCUUGUCAAGGCCCUGGAGCGACACUGAUGGUGAAGCACAGCAGCUGUGAGAGCCCCACAUCUUCCCUGCAGUGUUAGGGCUCAAGGGGAGGUCACAAUGGAACUGUGUGCUUCUGCCGUGGGAAGAGGAGCCGAGAAGGAAUGACUGGAUGCCACCAAUGAGAACACCCCCUUUUGAGCUUUAUUUACUUAAAUUAAAAGGUAUUUCUUAAUCUAAA